GUGAACUUGUUCUAGAAUGUCGCCAUUUUGCCGUGUAGAAUUUCGUUGAGUUUUGACGAAUUCAGUAGCCAGUUUUUCCAAUUCUGCGCGAUUUUAACAAUUUCCCAAGGUAAUUAAAGUGACUGAAGGCGAAAAUGGCCGAGGAUCUCGACGUGGAGGCUAUGCUGGAAGCCCCCUAUAAGAAAGAUACGUAUGAGGUUUAUUUCGGGCUAACGACGCCUUCACGUAAACAACUCAGGUACUGAAUAUCCUAGGUUAAGUCUAUAUUUACAUAUUUAGGGUGUUACUUAUUAUUUUGAUAAUGUAGGUCGGUCCCCGUUGGCUAAAUAACCCGUCGAGCGGAUGUUCAUGUUCAGCUAAUCAAAAAUAGUGGAGUUUUUAAGGCGAGGGUCACGUCUGAAUCACGACGAACCGUGGCGGGAGUUUCAAAUGCGGCCCUCGAGCCCAAAAUAAAGUCGCUGGGUUUUUUAGCCAACGGCUGCAGCAUCGUAACUUAGCUUAAUUUUCGUGGUUCAUAUACUAUUGUUGGUUUUUGUAUGUCGUGUUGCUGAUCGGUACUUUCUCGCCAUAGGGCUGCUGAAUGGACUUCCCGCAAUCACCGUCCUGACUCCUACCAAUCACCCGAUUGGUAAACGCCUCUUUUAGUAUGACACAAAGGUGGACUUGUUGGAAUGUAAAACCAAAAAGUAUUGAUCUGGAUCAAGUUUUUCCGCCACGUUCCUUUGUUAAGUCUGCACGACGGUAAGUCUAGUUCCGGCUAGACGACUGUUAAGUUUCAGCUACGGGAAAUUAAAACGGCGACACACCCCUCAUUUGUUUUAGAUAUAGGCUAACGAACUAUGAACUACUUAAGUCAUUCAACGACGUCGACGGUGACGUUUUUGCGACAGACGGCGGCGCGCCUUUUCAAUUGCCGGAGCGUUGCAAAAACGUCAACGUGGACGCUAAAAAUUGUAAAACGUUACUUGAUUAUAAAUAUGUCUGUUUUUGAAAUCAAAUGGAAGAAGUCAAUGGCAAAAUCAAAGAGAAUGGAGAAUCAAAGAAACACAGGAGCUCAGAUAAGAAGCGCCGCAGCAACAGCCGGAACCGCCGCAGCCGCAGCCGAUCACGCGACAAACGCCGCAGCCGCGACAAGGACCGCCGAAGAAGCCGAAGCCGCGACAGGAUCCGCUCGAAAGACCGCCGGAGGUCGAGAUCGCGAGACCGCAAAUCGAAAUCCCGAGACAGAAAAUCGCGCUCGCGCGACAAAGACAGACGCAGCCGAUCGAAAGACAGAAAGGACAACAACAGGCGGCGGCGCACGCGCAGCAAAGAACGCAAGCAGCAGCAGCAGCCGCAGCCGCCGCAGCGCUCGCCCUCGCGUAAGCGCUCCCUGUCCCCGGUGGGGAAGUUCGGGAGACGGGGGCGGUCGCCGAUCGGGCUCCGCUCGAACUCGCCCGUCGAGGAACUCAGUCCCGAGGAGAGGGACGCUAGGACUGUUUUCGUUAUGCAAUUGUCGCAGAGGAUACGCGCCAGAGACUUGGAGGAGUUCUUCAGUUCAGUGGGUAAAGUGAGAGACGUGCGGUUGAUUGUUUGCAACAAAACGAGGAGGUUCAAGGGGAUUGCGUACAUCGAGUUCAAAGACCCGGAGAGCGUCGCCUUGGCGUUGGGGUUGUCCGGACAGAAGUUGCUAGGGGUGCCGAUCAUAGUCCAGCACACGCAAGCCGAGAAGAACAGAAUGGGCAACUCGAUGCCCAACAUGAUGCCCAAGGGCAUGACAGGACCAAUGAGGUUGUAUGUAGGUUCUUUACAUUUCAAUAUCACGGAAGAUAUGUUGAGGAGUAUCUUCGAACCGUUCGGUAAAAUUGACAAUAUCCAGUUAAUCAUGGAUCCGGAAACGGGGCGAUCGAAGGGUUACGGGUUUAUAGCGUUCCAUAAUUGCGAAGACGCUAAGAAAGCGUUGGAGCAAUUGAACGGGUUUGAGUUGGCAGGUAGACCCAUGAAAGUCGGGAAUGUGACGGAAAGACUGGAUUUGCAACAGCAAGGGCCUUCCAUUUUGGAUUCGGACGAGUUGGAUAGGUCGGGUAUCGACCUGGGGGCGACGGGACGGCUGCAAUUGAUGUUCAAAUUGGCCGAAGGGGCCGGGAUGCAGGUGCCACAGGCGGCAGCGAACGCCCUCAGCAUAGCCACGGGUCAACCCAUAGUCCCACAGGUCCAACAGAACUCCACGCCACCAAUCGCCACGCAGUGCUUCAUGUUGAGCAACAUGUUCGACCCUGCGACGGAGUCGAAUCAGAACUGGGACGUCGAAAUCCGCGAUGACGUCAUCGAAGAGUGCAACAAACAUGGUGGCGUUUUACACGUAUAUGUAGAUAAGGGAUCACCACAAGGCAACGUCUAUGUCAAGUGUCCGUCAAUAGCUACGGCGGUAGCAUCAGUCAAUUCUCUACAUGGGCGUUGGUUCGCUGGGAGAGUUAUCACAGCCGCUUACGUUCCAUUAUUAAAUUAUCAUUCGCUGUUUCCUGACGCCAUGUCAGCAGCGCAAUUGUUAUUGCCAUCCAAUAGGAAGUAGUUAUUUUCUUAAAAGUAUAACUAUUGUAUUGUAUCAAUAUUAUUAUUUGUAAUAAAUCUGCAUCCUGUAUGUAGGCAUUUUGUAACCAUCACAACAGUGACUUGUAGGAAUAAGUCAGGGAGCAAGGGUUCACCUAAGUUGUAUGUAAACAAGAAUUGUAAAAAUGCGAGAGGUUCGUUUGUAAAAAUGUAAUGAAUAAAGUGCAGGCUAAAAGCGAA